AAUUAAAUCAACACAUUAUGAAAUCUAGAGGUGAAGAAGUCCAACAACACAACAUUGAUGAAGAAGAGUCUGUUCAUAAGGAGGUUAUUGAUCAUGAGCAAAGAGUUACUGGUCAAGAUUUAGAAGGAGAAACAAAGAAGGGAGCCAAAACUGCUAAAAUUUUAUCACAAAAUAUGUUCCUUCGACCUGUAGUCAGAACAAAUGAAAGUGAUUACAAAUAUGAGAGACUUCAGGAUCUUCUUCAUGUUAUCCAAAACUUUGACAUUCUGUGCUUUCAAGAAGUCUUUAGUGGCUUCAACAGCCACAAGCCACAGCUUCUUACUGUGGGCAAAUAAAGCUGGUUUCAAUUACUAUUGUCACAGCAGCAAGCCAGGCUAUUUUGAAAAAUACUUGACUGAUGGAGGACUUGUUAAUCUUAGUAGAUACCCCAUUGUAGAAAGCGACGAAGAAGUGUACAAGAAAGCUAUCGGAGAUUGCUCGAUUGCAAAGAAAGGCGUCUUGUUUUCUAAGAUCGACAUGAACGGGAACUAUCUGUACUUGUUCAACACACACUUGCAAGCGAACUACCACUCGUCAUAUGACCUGUACAGAAAAUGAAUCAAUACCAAAAUGUAUCAGCUCAAGCAGCUGGCCGAGUACAUUGAUAGCAAAACCAGAGAUAUGAAGCCAGACGACAAAGUCAUGCUAGUUGGAGACUUCAAUAUUUCAAGCCGAAAGUUCAACUCACAUAUUAUUAAUCAGUUCAAAGGCUACGCAGAGCAAGAUCCUGGCUACAACACCUUCUUAGAAGAAGGCUUUGAUUGUUUAAUGGAAGCAGAAAUCAUGAAGAAAAUAUUGUCUGCAGAUGGACUGUUCAAUGUAAAAGACUUGAAGGAUAAGCUGAAGGAUGAGGAGGGAGCUCCUGCAACGUUUGCUGGGACAGUUGAGCUUGAGGAUGGGAGUAAAGUUCCAGUAGAUACUGCUCUUAUGAGUCAAAUGGAUCUAAUGACAGAACAAUCCUUAGACUAUAUUUUCAUCCUUGAACGAAAUGAUAUUAAGAAGAGAAAUCAGGAAGAUUUUAAAGAUGUAGAGCACCCUCUAUCUAAGACAAUUAAGAAACAAUGGUUUAUUUCCAAACAGACUCCCUUCUCCAUUAAAGAGGACACAAUCUGAGUUGAAAAAUUUAUAAUGGAAGGCAAGAUGUACGGCUCGCUCAGUGAUCACUUCGGAUUAUCAGUCAACAUAACAAACAUAUAAACAUGGGGACUCCCUAGUUUUA